AGAGAGAGAGAGAAAGAGAUCCGAUUCAAGGCCGGGAAAAAUGGCGGAGAUGUCUUGCCUUCAGAUCCACGAUGCUAACGAUGCCGUUUUCAACCGUUAUAACCCUUACGACCACCAACGGCGUCUACAUGAUCACCUGAGAGAUCAAUCCCAGUCUCAGAUCUUCAAUUCGCUUCCUCACUGGGUCCAAUCAGACGACGUCGACCUCUACGUCUCUGAAUUCGAUUUUUCUUCCGGAAACGUUACGGUUUCUGAUUUAUUAUUCACGGCCGCCGACGGUAUUGAUCUGCCCGAUCGGCGUAGCUUUGUCAUGGAUCUGUUCCACCAGCGCGUUGAGCAAUCUCAUGUAAGUCCGCUUCGUGAUUUCGUAAAUCGCGAAAUACGUGGGGAUAGUUUGGAACAUGAUUUUGGAUUUGAGUUAGAAUCUUGUAGCGGUUUCGUUGAUAGUGAUCUUGUAGUAUACCUUAAUGAUCACGAUUACGUUGAUGGGAUGAGGUUAUUAGGGACUGGGUCACGCAAUGUUAUAGACACAGUGGAAUUGCGUUUUGAUUCUGAUGAUGGAGAUGAGUCAGAGAAGGAGGAUAGUGAGAUUUGGGGAAUAGAUUUGAAUGAAGAUGAUGAAUAUGUGAAUGAGGAUGAUGAUGAAACAGAUGCUAGUGUGACAUUGCCUCUCUGUUGGGAUUCACUUCAAUUAGAAGAUUUACGAAUAAACAACGAGGAGUUCGAGUGGGAAGAAGUUGAUGGUGAUGAUGAUGAAAGGGAGGUUUUAAGUGCUUUGGCAGAAGAAGCUGAUGAUAAUAAUUCGGUAUCAGUCUCUGUUUCAGCCACAAUUUCUUUAGAAGAUUUAGCGAUAAGUGAGAGAAGGGCAACUAGUAGUCUAGGGUGGGAGGUUUUGUUAAAUUCUAGUAGUCUCGAGUUUAACCUAGAUGAUGCAGAAAGCAGCAUGGAGUUAUACAUUGGUGAUAUCGAUCGUGAGGAAGAAGAUGGUGAAGAUUAUCUUCAUUCAACAGAAUAUGAGAUGUUGUUUGAGGCUGAGAUUUCAUCUGGUCUUGGUAAGCCUCCAGCAUCCAAAUCGUUCAUAAAGAAUCUGAAAGUGUUUCCUUUGACGAAUGAGGAUGUGAUGGAGAACGAUGACGGGAUGUGUUGUGCGGUUUGCAAAGAAGAGAUGAAUUUGGGAAAGGAGGUUGCAGAGUUGCCUUGUAGACAUAGGUACCAUAGUGAAUGUAUCGUUCCAUGGCUUGGGAUUAGGAACACUUGUCCUGUUUGUCGUUUUGAGUUGCCUUCAGACUGAAGACUGAGCAGGGUCACGGUUCUGAAGACCCUGAAAGUUAGGGUUUACAAGAGAAGAAGAUGAUAUGACUUGCUUGUGUAAUUAAUAGGAUAACUUGACCUGUCUGUAGAUUGUAGAAGAUAAUCAUAUCUCUUAUAUGAAGUAUGAACCAAAUUAUGUAUUAUUUUCUCUCUGAAAUUGAAUCUCUUACAGGAUUUUUCAUUGUUAGUCUUAUAUUCAACUUGUAUUAACAAUCAGCAAACUAAACUGAUACAUUUUGAUGACACUGCUCAGCAGGAUUUUUACA